AAAACAUUGAGAACAUUGAAGCCAUGCGUACGCGACAUCAGAAUAAGAAAAAUGUUCAGUCGAUUACGGAUUUUUAGAUGCGACAGUCAGCAAUAAGGAUUUGAGACAAGAAGCAAUAAUUUUUUUAAAAAAGUCCAAAAAGUGGAUUAAAAGUAGCUCAAUAAUGUCAAAGUUAAUUAAAUAUUUUGUGCAAUUUUUUGUGUUUAGCGUCUUGUUCGGGCAAUUAGCAAGUGCACUACAGUGUUACUCAUGUGAUUCAACAAAAGAGAAAGAUUGCCAUAAAAUUGGAAAGAAAACGGAAAUUAAAUUGCUGGAUUGCGCACCAAACAUAAUCAAAGAGAAUAUGCCAGAUUAUCUAGACGGGAUAGUAGGCAUCGAUUUUUUUCAAAAUACAGCUGAUGAAGGUGACGUGCCCAUGGUGUGUCAGAAGGUUGUUCUUACUAAAGGUGACGAGUUAAUCACAUACCGUGGAUGUCAACUAGAUAUCGAGAAGUCAGACGCGUGUGCAGUCGCUCAAAGUCAACUGGAACAAUCUGGAAAUAGUGAAAUUAAAAUUACAUCCUGCGACUUGUGCUCCAAUGAGGAUAAAUGCAACUUUUCAUCGCAAAUUAUCUCCGAUAUUCGUCUCGUCUUCGUCCUGUUAGCUUUUAUUAAAUUGAUUUAUUAAAUUCAUGAUGUUUAUGAAUGUGAGGAAGUUGGGCUCAUGGAUGAGGAGCUACAUGCUUGCCACUCAUGAGCUCCACUUCCUUAGAAAAGUUAUGCAUAAGUAAAAAAGAAUUUAUCGUAAUUAAAAUGUCAAUUUUUCUCGAUUAUUUUGGUUCCUAUUAUUCAAGAAAAAAUAUCUUAAUAUUCCGCAAUAAACUGCAAUAAAUGUAAAAUGUUCAUCCACAAAUUAAUAGACAAUAAUAAAAUGACAAGCACAA